AUGGAGAUUAGAGGUGCGUGGGCACGGUCACUAUUCCAUACCACCCCGUCAUUGCAUGGGGCUGGCAUCUGCUGUGGGAGCUGCUGCAGGAAAGGAACCUCAAACACUGCUGUCCUUGGAGCUGAGUGAUCUGUUUCCUUGUGAGAGCCUGACUGCCAUGGCUGGGCACUGACACUGGAUAAACUGCAGGGACAAAGGUCUUGUCAUGAUAUCGGAUUCCUUGGAUGGAGAAUUACCUUUGUUGCUGGAAACACCAGAGAAGCAGCAGCCUAAGGAAGAUGGUGAUGAUAAUAAUGUCAUCAUCUUGGCAGAGAAUGCUUUGCCUCAGCCAGCACAUCUCCCUGAGUAAACGGGUCAGCAGGCAAGGAUAGACAACAAGCAGCCAGGCUUGGCCUUCCUUGCUCAGGGCUCUCUCAAACUUGGCUCAAGUAUUAUGCCAGAACAAGGAGCUGCUGGGCAGGAGCAGGACCUUACUGCGCUGCUCAUCAGAGACAGAAGCAAGAUUUCCAGGUGAGGAAGGAAUAUACUGAACAAUAUAUUGAAGAAUUAAUCAUGAUCAAGAACUGCUAUAACAUAAAUGAACUUUGUACGUUCAGAUUACCCAAAAAAGGUAGAGUGGUCUUAGAUCCCAGCGGCAUCCUGCUUGCUAGCCAAGAUGAGACAAAGGUGCCUAAAGUGGAUUACUUCAACUUUUCCAAACUCAUGACCCCUGGUACCCAUCUUGGCAAGCUCCAGUUGUGCCUGUUCCUGGAGGAGAAGGGGGACUAAGGACCGGGUGGCAUGGCCAGUGCUGAGGACCUGCCAUGUCCAGUAGCCCGUGAAGAGGAGGAGGUGGUGCAAGUACUGACUCUGCCCCUACAGGCUCACCACGCCAUGGAGAACAUGGAAGAGUUUAUGUACAAGGUUUGGGAAUGGCAGUGCUCAUACAAUGUGCUGCCUGACUGGCUCAAGGCCAAAAGUUACCUCCUGCAUGGAGAGAGGCCCCCUAUGCCCUCCUUCCACACCUGCUUCAAGAGCAUCUUCCAGAUACACACUGAAGCUGGCAACAUCUGGACACACCUGCUGGGAUUUGUUCUGUUCCUCUGCCUGGGGAUCUUGACCAUGUUGCUGCCCAAUGUGUACUUCAUGGCUCCUCUCCAGCAGAAGGUGGUGUUCAGGAUAUUUUUCCUAGAAGCAGUGCUCUGCCUCAGCUUCUCCUGGAUUUUCAACACUGUCUAUAGUCACUCGGUGGUCUCACAGACUUUUUUGAAGUCAGAUUAUUCAGGAAUUGCAGUGCUGAUCACAGGGAGCUUCACUCUGUGGCUCUACUUUGUCUUCUGCUCCCCUCAGCCAAGACUCACCUACUCCUCCAUCAUCUGUGUCUUGGGCAUCUCUGCCCAAGCAGAGAUGGCCUCAAGCGCUUUUGCUCAAGGACCUGGGUGCAACUGGUGAGUAAUGCAGAGGAACAGGGAAACAUGAUGUGUACCUCAAGGGGAUUUGAUUUUUGAGUAAGAACAGUCUGUCAUGUUGAAUUGUGUAUGUAAUAUUGGUUGCUGAAUGACAUAUGUUACAUCGUAACUACUGUGGACAAUGAGGACGGGCUGUUCCAGUCGCACUAGUUGCGAGCUCCUAGUGCAGUUUGCAAACAGCUGACAACAGCUGUUUGUUUGUUUGAAACAAUGGACCUAGCUAU